GAUAGUAUGGAAAGAUAGUAACUUUGGUAUUUUCCCCAGUAGAUUGCAUUCCAGUCCUCAUUCAGCAGCAACUGAUUCAAAAUGGACUUCACCCAACUUCAUCCCUUAUCACAUCCCCCGCUCCCAUGUCCUCCUCCACUCUCCCCGUACUUCGACUCCUCCAUCUCCACGUUCAUCUCCAUGCUCAACUCCUCCCUCAUCCCCGACCACUUCGCCUUCCCUGCCGCCCUCAAAUCCUCCGCUGGACUUCGCAACCUCCCCCUCGGCCGCCAGCUCCACGCCUCCCUCACAAAACACGGCUACCACUCAACCCCCAUCACCGUCCCCAACACCCUCAUCACAAUGUAUGCCAAGUGCGGUGACAUCGAUAGCGCGCUCAAAGCGUUCGAGAAAAUGCCGCAACGAGACCAGGUUUCCUGGAACUCGCUCAUUGCUGCACUGUGCAUGUUUGAACGGUGGGGGAGCGCACUUGAAGCAUUUCGGGCGAUGCAGAUGGAGGAUGUGGAGCCGAGCUCGUUUACGUUGGUCAGCGUGGUGCUUGCUUGCUCGAAUGUUGGGGAGUUUGGUGGAGUGAGACUGGGGAAGCAGGUUCACGGGUAUGGGUUACGAGCGGGGUUUUAUAGUGAUGGGAAGACGUUUACUUAUAACGCGUUGAUCGCGAUGUAUGCAAAGUUGAAGAGGGUGGAUUAUUCGGUUGAGCUUUUCGACCGGUUUGAUGGUCGUGAUGUUGUUAGUUGGAAUACGAUGAUUAGUUCUUUGGUGCAGAAUGAACGAGGUUGGGAGGCGUUGAGGCUGUUGUAUGAUAUGGUGGGUUGCGGGAUUAAGCCUGAUGGUGUUACUCUUUCAAGUGUGUUGCCUGCUUGCUCUCAUGUGGAGAUGUUGGAGGCUGGGAGAGAGAUUCAUGCAUAUGCAAUUAGGAAUGACGGGUUGAUUGAGAAUUCUUUUGUGGCAAGUGCAUUGGUUGAUAUGUACUGUAAUUUUGAGCAGGUCACAAAGGGAAGAAGGGUUUUUGAAGGAGUUUCUGAGCCUAGACUUGGAUUGUGGAAUGCUAUGAUAUCUGGGUACAGUCAAAAUGGGAUUGACGAAGAGGCUUUGAAGUUGUUUGUUGAAAUGGAGCUGCUCGCUGGAUUAACUCCUAAUGCAACCACAUUGUCAAGCGUCCUUCCUGCUUGUGUGCGGUCUGAUGCAUUUGUUUGUAAAGAAUCUAUACAUGGGUAUGUCGUGAAGAGGAGUUUGGAGUGCGAUAAGUAUGUUCAGAAUGCACUUAUGGACAUGUACUCUAGAGUCGGGAAAAUUGAAGUUUCUCGAAGGGUUUUUGAUACUAUGGAGGCUAGAGAUGUUGUUUCUUGGAACACAAUAAUCACUGGUUAUGUGGUUUGUGGGUGUUAUAGCGAAGCGUUCAAUCUAACAAGUGAGAUGCAAGGAUUUGACUGUUGCAAACCUAACAAUAUCACUCUUAUGACUCUUCUACCUGCUUGUGCCUCUCUGGCAGCAUUAGGGAAGGGGAAGGAGAUUCAUGGUUAUGCAAUUCGUCACCAUUUAGAGACAGAUAUUGCAGUUGGCAGCGCUUUAGUGGACAUCUAUGCAAAAUGUGGCUCUUUAAUCCAAUCAAGAAGAGUUUUUGAGCGAAUGCCUAAACGUAACGUGAUAACUUGGAAUGUUCUUAUCAUGGCUUAUGGGAUGAAUGGGCUAGGAAUGGAAGCUCUUGCAUUACUAAAGGAAAUGUUAUCAGGAGAAGUGAAGCCUAAUGAAGUAACAUUUAUUGCAGCUUUUGCUGCUUGUAGCCAUUCUGGACUGGUCAACGAAGGGCUUGACCUUUUCUACAACAUGAAAGAGAAGUACAAUUUUGGACCAACUCCUGAUCACUAUGCUUGUGUAGUUGAUUUGCUUGGUAGAGCCGGGCAAUUGGAUAAAGCAUACAAUCUUAUUGAGUCAAUGAACCCUGUUCUUCACCAGGCUGGAGCCUGGAGCAGCUUAUUAGGUGCCUGCAGAAUUUACCAAAAUGUAGAGCUAGGAGAGGUUGCAGCUGACCAUCUGUUCAAACUCGAGCCAGAUGUUGCUAGCCAUUAUGUUCUCCUCUCAAACAUUUAUUCAGCAGCUGGGCUUUGGGAAAAGGCUAAUGAAGUGAGAAAGAACAUGAAGGAAAGCGGAGUUAGAAAAGAGCCAGGUUGCAGUUGGAUUGAAGUUGGUGACAAAGUUCAUCAGUUUAUGGCUGCAGAUUCAGUACAUCCUCAGAGCCUGAAGUUACAUAGAUUUCUUGAUAAGUUAUGGGAGAGGAUGGGGAAAGAAGGAUAUGUGCCCGACACUUCUUGUGUACUUCACAAUGUGGAUGAGGAUGAGAAGGAGAUGCUCCUUUGUGGUCAUAGUGAGAAAUUGGCUAUUGCUUUUGGUAUAUUGAACACGCCGCCUGGCUCAACUAUAAGAGUUGCGAAGAACCUUAGAGUUUGCAAUGAUUGUCAUAUGGCGACUAAGUUUAUUUCAAAAAUUGAAGGGAGGGAGAUUAUUCUUCGUGAUGUGAGAAGGUUCCACCAUUUUAAAGAUGGGUCUUGUUCUUGUGGUGAUUAUUGGUGAGAACUAGGCUUUGAACAAUCGGCUUUUGCUGGAUACAGUCGUGAGGCAGUCAACUCUCAUACUACAGAAAGAUAUAAAUAAUGUGUACCUAGUAAACAUUAUACUAGCUUAUUUGUGCACAGCAAAAAUCCCAUUCAAAUCAUUGGACGGAGAAUUCAAUUAUAUGAGUUUCAGUAAUCAUUCUAUAUGUCGGUAGUCAAUAUUUCAAUUAUACAGAACCUUGUUUGAAGGUGAAUGCCUCAUCUUUGUGCUAUAUAUAUGGAAUCUAUAGAAAGAGAAAAGCA